CGCGACCAUUGCCACGGGCAAACGCCUUCUCCGAAAAGCUUCCUUGCAGCCCCCCCACUUCUACCUCCAGCCCUGCGCGAUCGGGGCCGUGUGGUCUACCUCCCACUGCUCGGCGUAAGAGCUGGCGCUGCAUAAAGCUGCGAUCCGCGCGCAGCCAGUCUCGUGUUUGUCACAGCGUCGGCCGCGUAGCUCAGCAUACGCUCCUCCGCGCGCUCUGUCGCCAUGGGUUUAAAAGGAAUAAUUGCUUUUGCCACUGUGUUGCUGCUCCUCAGCACAGAUGUGCCAUCUGUGGCGGGAGGCGUAGGAACUGGCACGUGUCCCUACAACAUUAAUAAACGUCCGAUGUGUCAGUCGGACAGAGACUGUGGUUUUAAUGGCAAGAUAUGUUGCCCCAGCACGUAUGGUUUCAGUACGUGCGUCGACGGGCGGACGGUGGGAUGAAGACAAUGUCGGUCGUCGUCGUUAAGCAUCCAUAAACUUUUCAUGAAUCACUUAUAGACUUUUUCUGAUAUGUGGUAAACAGUUCAACAAGGUCAAUUUCAUUUCGCAAGACAUAUCAAGAGGAAUUGCUAAGCACUUCAGAAAACUGUUUUGAAAAUACGCACAUUUUGUAUGUAUUCUGUAAUGUGAUUUCAGAAUCCUUACUCCUAAACAUUCCUACUUUUUCCUACACAUUGUUGGAAAAUGUAAGA